AUGGAAUCUCACAGAUUGGGGUCUGGUCUGCCUGCCAGGCCCUCGGAACCAUCUCGCAUUAGACGGCCUGGACUUGGAUAUGGAUACGGAUCUGAGCCUGUGAUUUCUACGACCGCUCAGAAGUCAAUCAGCAGAUCAGGAAGGAGGGAAGAAGUUCCACGAUCAUUGCCGAAACCCUCUUCCAUUUCUCGCCCAGCCCCGGCUACCAGGACGACUCAACCUACACCAACUACUUCUACUACUACUACUCGAAGACCUUCUCUUCCUCAGCCUAUACUACGGCCUAGCAUUAAUCACCAAGCGCAAUCAUGGGGUUCAUCAUCUACUUCAAAUUCUGCCCGGACCGUUUCUAACCCUCAUCAUGGAGGUUCCGGAUCGUCAUCAUCAAUCCCAACUCUGGACAACCCAAGACCUAACCCAAAUGUCUUGAGAAGGAAGAAGUCAUCGCUCUCCGGCGAUGUCAACACUACCCGCAAUGGCUCUUCUCGAACAGACUCUUCUUCCUCCUCGUCUGCUCAACAUAAGCGACAGGGCUCCUAUGAACCCGCAUUCGGCUUCCAAUUUGAUAGAGAACUCACCAGCAGCCCGGCCGAGAUUCAAGUUGCUGAAGUUAUCGAGGUAAAGAAGCCUUCUAAAUCACCAGUCAUCUACCCUGAACUGGACCGUUAUCGAAACAUUCGACGACCCUCGGAUAGCUCAGAUAACCGAAUCGAGGUCCCAUUUCGCUUAGCGACACACGACCUGCCGCCCCCAACUCCAGCCAGUCUACUAUUCUCUGGGACUAGCGGAAGCCCAUCCACUAGGUUUUCCGAGUCACCAGGACCGGGGUCUUACAGCCGUGACACCACGCCAACUUCAAUUGCGUCUCAGUCACCUUGUCUUCUUGCACCUGUUCGCAGCAAUCAGAACAAGAACCGUCUUCAGAGUCCUGUUCUUAACAGACCUCCUGUAACCCGAAGGACAACCGGAAAUGAAGUUGAGGCUAUUCCCAUCGACCCACAUGGUCUAGCAGCCGUGAGGGAGUCUCUCACUUCCUCAUCAUCCAACUCUACUGUUCGAGAAGCCACCAUCAAGAAGAAGACCAAGACCUUGCCUGCUCCUCCACCAAGUCCCCCGCCACGCAAGUCAUCCUCGCAUUUUCGAGAGGAGACCUCGUCGCCUAAGUCGGUGCGAAAGGUCACAAGACCUGUCUUGCGAUCACCUUCUCCCGAGAGAAAUGCUCAAACCUCGGCCUCCCCUAGAGCCGUUCCUCCUUCGCGGCCCAGCAGAGAUGGCACUCCUGACAUGCAAUCCCAAUUGUUCAACCCCAUGCCAAUAAUCCAUAGCAACCUCUCCACCCAGUCCCUCCCAGCUACUGAGCGACGUGGAAGCGAGUCUGCUGUGUCGGGAGCCCUUUCGCCUCCUAAGCCCCAGUUCACUCAUUCCGGACGCACAGCAUCGACAUCUCAGCUUCCCAUUAAAGGUGAGGUAUACGCUCAACCCGCAGCUAAGUCUGCCGCCGAGUCGAAGAAGGGAAAGGGUCUCGAGCCACCUCGAGUGACACGCACACCAAGCCCUCAUGUGUCUGGCUCCUCUUUCUCACGCUUCUUCGGUCGCAGAAAGAACUCUAGCACAGCAGUUCCCGAGAAGCCCGAGAAGGAGAAGAAACUUGUUCGCAAGGGUCCUGCCGCUGGUACUGGACACGAAGGUUAUGGUCGCCUUGGUGGUGCUAAGAGACGCAGUGGUAGCAUCAGCAAUAUGACUCGCAACGCACCCGCCCCGGAACCCCGUUCCAGCAACGACUCGUUCUUGUCGGACCGCGUUAACCCAGUGGUCAUCGCCGGAGGUGCGAUCAUCGAGAACCGAAACGCCAGCUCUGAGAUUUCCCGAAAUGCAAGCUCCCAGAGUUUGACAAGCGACGAGUCAAGACUGCCAGCUCCUCAACAGAAGCCUCGAAACACUCUCUGGCCUUCCCCCAUGUCACGAUCUGCUCACCCCGCUUUCGGUUCUCGUCGACCUUCUGAGAGCAGUGAUUCCGAGGGUCCCACGAUGAAGUCAACACUGGCUUUCCGAAGAUCGGUUCAGCGUCUGCGAUCCUCUCCCGACGACCCUCUGAAGCUACCCCAGCCUAUCAACACUUCCGGCUAUGCAUCUUCUCCCAUGACUAGCUUCGACACUAGUGUCAUGUCUGAUGAUUCUCACUUUGACCUCCAGCGGGAGAUGUCUCACGAGGCCAAGUCGUCGCACCCUGCACCCAAGAAGCUUGUCAAGAGGCCUCGCUCGCCUCGCAAGUGGAACCUCUUUGGUAGAUCAACACGAAACCAGCAGUCUUCCAACGAGGAUGAGCCAGUCUCGGCCACUGUCAAGGUUGUUGAGAAGAAGCCAUUGGCUUAUUAUGCCAUGAUGGACUCUUCAGAACAGGAAGAUAGUGAGCCAAUGGAUAUCCAAGAUGUCCUCAGAUUCGCUGAGGUUUAUGGCAAGUCACCUAGCGUUGGUGGCACUCCUGAGCUUUCACAGGGUACUCCCGAGAUGCGAUCGACAAGCAACUCUCCAGUACGACGUGCAGAGCCUGUGCAGCCCCAGAGAAGACAGAGCAUUGAAGCGAGAAGGCAAAGCAUCGAAAUGAAGCUCAAGACUCGUGUGCCUGUCAUUCAACAGGGAUCGGCAAUGAAGAAGCUUACUCUACAGCCCAGCAUGCAGCCAACUCCUUCUACCGCCAAGCGAAGCAGACUUCCUCAGGUCGGACGUAUCCCCAAGGUUGUGAGCAACCGUCCUGAACAUGAACAUGUGUCUCCCAUGAGCUUUUCUCGACCUUUCAGGGCCAGUAUGCACUUGACCCACGAGAACCUUGAUAUGUAUGACCCAGAGUCGAUUGCCAAGGGCCCUUCACCUUCCAAACCUUCCACUCCUGUCCCGGAACUUACCACCGAUGGCUCAACAGCUGGAAGCACCAACAACCCUUCGUCGCGAGACUCCAUCCCUCCUGAGUUGACUCGACCGGAGAAGGAGUUUUUGGCCUUUUCACCCCGCAAGGACUCUGAGAGCACCAUUGGUACAUCCAGUUCUAGUUGCUCUGGCAUCCUCGCAUUCUCUGGUUCUACUGCUGUCAUCCCUCAGCCCCAUGACCCACCUGUUGAAGAUGAGGUGUGGGAUGAGUACGACGACCUUCUUGAAGAUGAUGUCUCCAAGCCACUUCCUUCAGCAACUUCCUCACGAGGUACACCGUUCCAUCUUGAGACGUACCAGUCCAAGUUGGCUAGCAAGGAGAAGCCAUUGGAGUCGCCCACAAUUGUCUUCGACAAGAAGGCAGUUCGACAAUCCAAGGCGACGACCAUCUCCAGCACCUGCAGUGCUGACAUGACUGAGCGUCUCAGAGCAGCAUUCCAGCCUCACCCAAGCCCUACCACUCCCUUCCCGAUUUCCAAUAUUGCCUCGGGUAAUGAACACUGCAACGAGGAUGCUGAUCCAUCCGCGGCUGUGGAGAUGUCACGACGAAGCAGUCGAUCAUCUCGCAAGACAAGACGAUCUGACGCAAGCUCCUCUUCUGAAGAUGGCUCCCCACUUGCACAGGUCAACCUUAGGGUUGGAUCAAUGACCGUCAGCAAGUGGUUGACUUUUGGCCAUGUUCUCUUCAGCGAUGUUCGCCAUGAACUGGUUCCUGUCGAGGGUUCUCUGAAGCGACACUCCAUCCUGGUCAUCGAUGGCCUCGGUAACGAUGACUGGUCUUUCUACGCUGCCGAGACCUACCCAGCCGCUACCUUCUUCAACUUGUCCCCUCGCGCUCCUCUCCCUGAAGAGCUGAAGAGUUCAUCUUCAAGCUUCCCUCUCAGCCCUCCCAACCACCACCAGAUUCAGUACAACUCUCACCUCGACAAAUUCCCUUUCGCCCCUCAGAGCUUCACAGCUGUUGUGUACAGAUUCCCUGUCGCAGCACCCGAAGCUUACUACCGCAGCAUCCUUACCGAAGCUCGUCGUGUACUGAAGCCUGGAGGUUUCAUCGAGUUGUCCAUUCUUGAUGUUGACCUCAACAACAUGGGCAACCGGGGUCGACGAACUGUUCGUCGCCUUAAGGAGAGAAUCAACGAGAAGACCCCCGAUACCAGCCUCGGAUCCACUGCAGACCUCAUCGUGCGCCUCCUUGGUAAGGUUGGUUUCACCACAGUUAAGGCAGCGCGCGUGGGCGUGCCUGUGGCUACUACCGUCACCAGCAAGGGCAAGAGCAAAGCCACCGCAAAGGACCAGCCCAGUCUAUCCGAGAUGAUGAGCGACAACAGCCCCUUGGCCGACGAGGGUAUCACCAAGAUGGUCAGCCGCGUCGGCCGAUGGUGGUACACCCGCUGCUACGAGAACGCAGCAGAGAACACCACCGGAAAGAGCAUCUGGAGCGACAAGUCUCUGCUUUCGGAGUCCGAAGAGCUUGGUACAAGCCUUAAGCUCAUGGUCUGUUGCGCACGAGCUCCCCUCGAGCGCAUCACCAGUGUCUAA